AUGAGCAAGAAGAAGAAUUUGUCAUUGUUUGACGAUGAAGAAGAAGAGCAGGAUGCGAAACAGGAUUUAGGGUUUAAUAAGGUGAGAUUUAAGGGCUUUUGGGUUAAAAAUCGAAAUUUAUUGAUUUUUAAGCUCUGGGAUUUCUGAAAUUGAAAUUAUCAUGAAAAUUGGAUGAUUUUGAGUCUAAAUAUCAAUAAAAUUGAAAUUUUCAUGAAAAUUGAAUAAUUUUGAGCCUUAAUAUCAAAAUUUAUUGAUUUUUGAAGAUCUGGGAUUUCUGAAAUUGAAAUUAUCAUGAAAAUUGGAUGAUUUUGAGUCUAAAUAUCAAUAAAAUUGAAAUUUUCAUGAAAAUUGAAUAAUUUUGAGCCUUAAUAUCAAAAUUUAUUGAUUUUUGAAGAUCUGGGAUUUCUGAAAUUGAAUUUUCCAUGAAAAUUGGAUAAUUUUGAGCCUAAACAUCAAAUUUUAUUGAUUUUAAGCUCUGAAAUUUAAUUUUUCACGAAAAUUGGAUAAUUUUGAGCCUAAAUAUCAAAAUUUAUUGAUUUUUGAAGCUCAGGAAGUUUCAAAAUUGAAUUUUUUAUUUUUUUUUGGGUCUAAAAAUCAAAAUAAAAUCCACGUGGCAAAAAUUAUUGAAUUUUUCAUGAAAAUUGGAUCGUUUUGAACCUAAAAAUCAAAAUUUAUUGAUUUUUGAAGCUCAAAAUUGAAAUUUUCAUGAAAAUUAGAUGAUUUUGAGUCCAAAUAUCACUACAAUUGAAUUUUUCUUGAAAAAUGGAUUAUUUGAGCCUAAAUAUCGAAAUUUAUUGAUUUUUAAAGCUCAAAAUUGAAAUUUUCAUGAAAAGUGGAUAAUUUUGAGUCUAAAUAUCAACAUUUAUUGAUUUUAAAAUAUUUUUUCAAUAUAAAAUCCAUGUGGCAAUUUUUGAAGCUCUGAAAGUUUCAAAAUAGAAUUUUUCAAGACAAUUGGAUAAUUUUGAACCUAAAAAUCGAAAUUUAUUGAUUUUUGAAGCUCAAAAUUGAAUUUUUCAAGACAAUUGGAUUAUUUGAGCCUAAAAAUCAAUAUAAAAUUCACGUGGCAAAAAUUAUUGAAUUUUUUUGGAAAAAAAUAGUUUACUGUUUCAAAAAAUCUAUGAAAUUUUGAUUUUUGCACUAUAGCUUCAUCAUUUUCAAUAGAAAUUUCAUAAUUAUCGAUUUUUUUGCAGGGUUAUGCAACAAGAUAUGACAAUUGGAGAAGAUUGGAAGAAAUGCAGAAAAGUUGGUUUUUUUUUGUUGAAAUUUAGCCUAAAUCUUUAAAAAUCCCCCAAUUUUCAGUCAAAGAUCGUUACGGUGAUCUGGAAGAUGACGGAAAUUCCUCCUCUUCUGAAUCCGAACCCGAAUGGACCGAUGAGCAUGAAGAAGCAUUUUUGAAAACCCUUGGAGCCCUUAAAUCUGGCGAUCGAAGUUUUUUUGAGAAUGGAAAGAGUUAUUUUAAGGAAGUUGAAGAAGCAACGAGUUCGCAGAAGAAUCCGGAAAAAAAACAGAAGAAAAAGAAGGAUGAGAAAAUUACGAUUAAGGAUUAUGAGAGGAAAUUGGUGCUGGAGAAAGGAGGGUUGGUUGGAUUUUUGGGAAGAGAUUUUUUGGCCCAAGAGAUUUCACUGUUUCAAAAAAUUCAUAUUUUUAUUCAGUGUUCUCUAAUUAAUUUAAUUCGUUGAUGUUUAUUACAAAUUUCAAAAAUCCACGUGGCAAAAUUUCACUGUUUCAAACAUUUUAUGAAUAUUUUUGAAGAAAAUGUAUUUUUGCUGGUGAUUCGAUUUUGAAAAAAAAUAACUCGAAAUUUUUCAUGUGGAAUAAUUGUCUGAAUUUAAGGCUCUGAAAUUGUAUUUUUAAAUUAUAUGUAAAAAUCCACGUGGCUAGAAUUUUUGACCCUAGAAAUCUAUUUUUUCAAAGAUUUUCUGGUUCUAAAAAUUUCACUGUUUCAAAAAAUUUAUAUUUUUUUUUUAGAAAUCUUUAAUUUCAUUAGUAGAUGAUUUUCUUAGAUUAAAAAAAUCCACGUGGCAACAUUUCACUAUUUCAAACUUUUUAUGAAUAUUUUUGAAAAAAAUUUAUAUUUGAUGGUGAUUCGAAUUUGAAAAUCCCUAAAAGUAUAUUCAUUCAAAUAUUUUCUGUUUCUAAACAUUUCACUGUUUCAAAAAAUUUAUAUUUUUAUUCAGUAUUCUUUAAUUUCAUUAAAGCAUUACGAUGUCAAAAAACCCACGUGGCAAAGUUCCCAUUUUCAUGCUUCGAAAAUUUCACUGUUUCAAAAUUUUUAUGAAUAUUUUCAAAGAUAAUUUUUAUUUGCUGGUCAUUUGAAUUUGAAACUCCCUAGAAAUCUAUUUUUUAUGAAUAUUUUCUGGUUCUCAAAAAUUCACUGUUUCAAAAAAUUUGUAUUUUUUGAAGUUUUCUUUAAUUUUAUUCGUUGAUGUUUUUUACAAAUUCCAAAAAUCCACGUGGCGAAAUUUCCGUUUUUUCAUGCUUCAAAAAUUUCACUGCUUCAAAAUUUUCAUGAAUAUUUUUGGAAGAAAAUAUUUAUUUGCUUUCUUGAAUUCGCAAAUCCCAAAAUAUCAUUUUUUCUGAAGAUUUUUGGUCCGAGAAAUUUCACUGUUUCAAUAAAAAUGUAUUUAAAUUUUUUAGCCCGAAAAACCUAUUAAAUAACUGACCAAAACCUGUUUUUUUUCAAAUUCCGAAAAUCCACGUGGCAAAGUUCCUAUUUUUGCUUCGAAAAUUUCACUGUUUCAAAAUUUUUAUGAAUAUUUUCGAAAAAAAUUUUUAUUUGCUUCCUUGAAUUCGAAAAUCCCUGUAAAUCUAUUUUUCUGAAUAUUUUUUUAGCUCAAGAAAUUUUACUGUUUCAAAAAAUUUAUAUUUUUUAUUAUUCUUUAAUUUUAUUAGUGCACGAUUUUUCCAAAUUCCUAAAAUCCACGUGGCAAAAUUUCGGUAUUUUUUUGCUUCGAAAAUUUCACUGUUUCAACAUUUUUAUGAAUAUUUUUGAAGAAACUGUAUAUUUGUUUGUUCUUCUAUUUUUGAAAGAAAUAACUUCAAUCUUUUCAUCUGGGACAAUUGUCUGAAUUUAAGACUCUGAAAUUGUAUGUUUAAAUUUUAUGUAAAAAUCCACGUGGCUAGAAUUUUCGACCCUAGAAAACUAUUUUUUCAAAGAUUUUUCGGCUCAAAAAAAUUUCACUGUUUCGAAAAAUUUAUAUUUUUGUUAGUAUUCUUUAAUUUUAUUAGUAGUUGUUUUUUCCAAAUUCAGAAAAUCCACGUGGCAAAAUUUCGGUAUUUUCAUGCUUCAAAAAUUUCACUGUUUCAAAAUUUUUAUGAAUAUUUUUGAAGAAAACUUUUUUUGCUGAUACCUUGUGUGUUUGAUCAUAGAAAUCUAUUUUUCUGAAGAUUUUCUGGUUCUAAAAAUGUUACUGUUUUAAAAAAUUUAUAUUUUUAUUCAGUAUUCUUUGAUUUCAUUAAAUACUCCAUGGUUUUUUACCAAAUUCAUAAAAUCCACAUGGCAAAAUUUCGGUAUUUUACGCUUCAAAAAUUUCACUGUUUCAAAAAAAAUGUAUAUUAAUUUUUUUAUCCCAAAAAACAUAUUAAAUAACUGACCAAACCGAGUUUUUUUCCAAAUUCCUAAAUCCACGUGGCAAAAUCUCACUGUUUCAAAAUAUUUAUGAAUAUUAUUUGAAGAAAUGUUAUAUUUGCUUGUUUUUCUAUUUUUAAAAGAAAAUAACUUGAAUCUUUUCAUUUGGGACAAUUUUCUGAAUUUAGGCUCUGAAAUUGUAUUUUUGAAUUAUGUGUAAAAAUCCACGUGGCUGGAAUUUUCGGCCAAAAAAAUAUAUUUAUUCAAAGAUUUUCUGUUUCUAAAAAUUUCACUGUUUCAAAAAAUGUAUAUUUUUGUUUAGUAUUCUUUAAUUUCAUUGGAUAAUUUUUUUACCAAAUUCCGAAAAUCCACGUGGCAAAAUUUCACUGUUUCAAAAUUGUUGUGAAUAUUUUUGAAGAAAUGUUUAUUUGCUGAUAUGUGUGUUUGACCAUAGAAAUCUAUUUUUCUGAAUAUUUUUUGGCUCAGAAAAAUUCACUAUUUCAAAAAAAUUAUAUUUUUAUUCAGUAUUCUUUGAUUAUAUUAGUCGAUGAUGAUGUUUGCAAAUUCGAAAAUUUCACUGUUUCAAAAUUUUAAUGAGGAAAAUAGUGAUUUGACUGAAAAUCUGAAUUUAAGAUUCUGAAAAUUAUAUGUUUUAGGCGAAAAAUCCACGUAGCUGGAAUUUUUCGUCCUAAAAAUCAAUUUUUCUAAAGAUUUUCUUGUUCAAAAAAUUUCACUGUUUCAAAAAAGUUUAUAUUCUUUAAAGUGUUCUUCAAUUUUAUUAAAUCUUGUGUUUUCCUGUAUCAAAAAAAUCCACGUGGAAAAAUUCCCAUUUUUAAAUCUUAAAAAAUUUCACUGUUUCAAAAUUUUAUGAAUAUUUUUGAAGAAAACUUUUAUUUGCUGGUGCCGCGAAAGAGUCGGAAAAAUAAUUUGAAUUUUGAUUCCGUUUUCAAAAAAAAAUAAUUUUUUCACGUGAAAACGUGAACAUUUUUUCUGCAUUUCUCAUUUCUCCCAAAAAAUCGAAAUUUCCACGACUUAUUCCAUUUUUUCUUCUUCCAUUUCCAUUUCCAAAAAAGAUGCUAUCUUCUUUUUCUCUCUGCCUCUCUCACCACACUCUCCACAUUUCCAACACUAUUUCGCACAAGUUGACAAUUCAGCUGCCAACAACAAGAAAAAGGGUCCUCUUUUCGCAAAUUUCGGCUAUAUAUGUAUAUGUUGUUUUGUUUUGUACUCAUUUCCCCUUAUUUUCAGACAAAUCGAUGAAGAUGAUGAUGAUGAGGAAAUUGAGAGAAAAGAGCAACGCGAAGGAUAUCAUGAGGAGCAGGAAAAAUUGAGAAAAAGGUAGGGAUUUUGCCUCGAAUUCUAGUCAAAAUUGUGUUUUUGUAGCCUGUCAGCUGCAAUUAAUUCCGGGAUCAAAGAUGACGGUGAUGAUUUUUUGGUGGAGAGGAAGAAAACGAAAUUGGAGCAGGUGGGUGAAUUUUUGGGCACUAGGAGUAAUAGAAGCUCCCAAGGCGUGACUACUUGCCAAAGUACUGAUCUCGAUGGGAGUCCUAGACAAUUAGGUUCUCUAGACGCGGCUACUUGAGAACCAGGAUGUCUAGACUCGGCUCCUUGACAAUUAAAUUUUCUAGGCGUGGCUCCUUUACAAUUUAAUUUUCUAGCCUCGGUUACUUGUCAUAAACGCUCUCAAGGCCUGGCUCUUUUCCAAAGGGCUAAACUCGCUGCGAGCCCUAGACAAUUAGGUUCUCAAGGCACGGCUACUUGUGACCUAGGAUGUCUAGGCUCGGCUACUUGUCUUAAACACUCUCAAGGCGUGGCUACUUGUCAUAGUGGUUCUCUAGGCGCUGAUCCUUUCCAAAGUACUGUUCUCGAUGCGAGUCCUAGACAAUUAGGUUCGGAAGGCUCGGCACCUUGA